CUGCGGGGACGCACACGCCGCGACGCCGCGCAGGAGCCGGGAGUUGAGCCGCACACACCCUCCAGUUCGAGGCGAAGGAAGCACCGGCUGUCGCUGGACCGUAGCGGGGUGCAUGAGCAGCAGCUCCGGUUGAGGCUAGCACCGUGUUGCCGAGGACUUGUUCGCCGACAUGUCGGAGUUCCUGCUUGGUCUGCUCGGGGAGCGGCUCGUCAACAGCGAGAAAGCCGAGGUGGACGUGCAGUCGCUGGGCGCCAAGCUCUCGCUGGUCGGGCUGUUCUUUGGAUGUAGCCAGAACGCUCCGUGCAAGCAGUUCAACGGCAGCCUGUGCGAGUUUUAUAGCAGGUUCAAGAAGAGUUCCGAGCACAAGGACAAAUUGGAGAUGGUCUUCAUCUCAUCGGACCAGGACCAGAAGCACUGGCAGGACUUCGUGCAGGAGAUGCCCUGGCCAGCCCUGCCUUUCAAAGACAGACACAAAAAGAUGAAGCUGUGGAACAAGUACAAAGUGACCAGCAUUCCCUCUCUGGUCUUCGUGGACGCCUCUACGGGGAAGGUGGUGUGCCGGAAUGGUCUACUGGUGGUGAGGGACGACCCCAAAGGCCUGGAGUUCCCCUGGGGGCCCAAGCCCUUUGCGGAGGUGGUGGCCGGGCCUUUGCUCCGUAACAACAGACAGACCACAGACAGCAGCUCUCUGGAGGGACACUACGUGGGAGUCUACUUCUCUGCACACUGGUGCCCACCAUGUCGCAGUUUGACCCGGGUGCUGGUGGAGUCGUACCGCACCAUCAAGGAGUCGGGGCAGAAGUUUGAGAUCGUGUUUGUCAGCGCCGACCGGUCGGAGGAGUCGUUUCAGCAGUACUUCAGCGAGAUGCCGUGGUUGGCGGUGCCGUACUCGGACGAGGCACGACGGUCACGACUCAACAGGCUGUUCGGGAUUCAAGGCAUCCCCACCCUGAUCGUGCUGGACAGCGAGGGUCACAUGAUCACGCGACAGGGCCGGGUGGAGGUUCUGAACGACCCCGAGUGCCGACUCUUCCCCUGGCACCCGCGACCCGUCCUGGAGCUCAGCGAGUCCAACGCCGUGCAGCUCCACGAGGGGCCCUGCCUGGUGCUGUUUGUGGAUGCCGAGGAGGAGGGCGAGCUGGAGCCGGCCAGGGAGCUGAUCCAACCCAUCGCCGAGAAGCUGAUGGCCAAGUACAAAGCCAAAGACGAGGAGACGCCGCUGCUCUUCUUCGUGGCCGGAGAGGACGACAUGAGCGACUCCCUGCGGGACUACACCAACCUCCCGGAAGCGGCACCUCUGCUCACUAUCCUGGACAUGUCGGCCCGGGCCAAGUAUGUGAGGGACGUGGAGGAGAUCACGCCGGCCGUGGUGGAGCAGUUCGUCGGCGACUUCCUGGCCGAAAAGCUCAAGCCGGAGCCCAUCUGAAGAAUCUGAACUGGACAUUGUGGGACUCACCUGCCAUCACUCCUCCCCCGUUCUCUCACCCCCUACACUAUGAGUCAAAGACUUUUAAUGACAUUUUAGCAUUUUUUUUAAGACGUCUUUGUUCUUCACCCGGUCUCCUCUCUCUCUCCUGUGGUGCCUUGCUUUUACUAUUGUCCUACAGUAAUAUAUAUAUAUGGAAGAUCCUGAUGUUUUAGUGUUUAUUUUGGCCUUACAAAGCAUUUCUCUCACAUAGACUCUAGAGAAACCACCUGGACCUACUUCUUCUUCUCCUGUUGGUCUCUUGUUAUGACGUUAGCUGCACAAGCACAUGUAGUGACAAACACCUGCUUGUUACAGACCAAUGACUGACCUUUUUUCUGGAUACCCUUGUGUCUUAUGGUAUGUGAUGGUCGUGUUUGGAAGUCACCUCAGAGCUGCAAGGGAGAUUUUCUGUGAAGGUCCCUCUAGUGGCGAGGUGUGGUUAUUAACGAGGAAACCGUUUUAUUUCCAGUCACUGUCAGUUCUUUUCUUUAGGUCUAAAAUAAAGUUUGUUCCCACUGACGAUUUAGAUGGUGCAGAUUGAUGUGAAUAAAUAAUCCAGAUUAGUCUCUUUAUUGAGCAUGUGUGUGCUGAAAACGGCCCAUGUAAAUCCAUCGCUCAUGUUCUAUUGUUUUUUGAGCCUCUGUUUUUGUUAUUCAGAUGAGUACGGGUUCAAACGUAGGAAAACACAAGCAGCUCUCUCUGUGAUGGUUUAUUAAGUGGCCCAACACAAAGGGCCAGGAUCCCAGAAACAGUUAUCUCUUCGAUCUCACUUUCCUCCCUGACGUUUGCGUCUGCUUCAGAAGCUGCUUCCUGCCUUCAAACAGCAGGAUGCUGGCCGCCAUGGCUGAGUUCAGACUGUCCAUACUGGGAACAAUAGGGAUGAAUAACCUGUGUCCCGCCGAGCUCUCCGCCAGCUCCACUGCCUCGGCGCUCAAGCCCCAAGUCUCGCCACCGAUCACAAUGGCAGUGGGACCCUGAGCCCACGUGUCGUGAUACAGCUUAGAGUCCAGACUGGUGACACAGAGUCCCUGGUUUUCAUCAUCGGAGUCCGAAUCUGA